AUGCCUGCGCCUUUCGAGUUCCGUGGAAACGGCAACGGCCACGAUCGACGAUCGCGCCCGAGGCACGAAUUCACCUUCCGCUAUCCGCGUCCAGGCACAGCGGAGCGCCCGCUGUUGAGAAAUAAGAAAGAAAAGACCCCCGAGCCUAUCCUUGGAGCUCAAGAAGGCGUUCAAAAGCCAGCCCCCAAAUUCGCGUCUAUCGAUAAUAUCACAGAUAGCGAAGAGGAAGAAAUGGAAGAAUCAUCCGAUGAAGAUGAGUCUCAUCCGCGCAAAAAACGCGCGUUGGGCACGGAAGUCCCAGAACCUGCGCCUGCCCCGAAAUGGUCCAACCCGGAUCCUUACACGGUGUUACCUCCCGUGGACGAGACGCGGGCAAAGAGGAAAGAUGUAGUCAAGUUGAUCCGCAAGGCAAAGAUCGCGGCUCCCGCAGCUCAGAAGGAAACGGACGCUGUUACCACGAAUGAAGACUUCAUAUCUUUUGGUCUUGAUGACGAAGAGGAAAACAACGCCCCAGAAAAUGCUCCUACAGGCCCGAAGAAUGCGCGUCUUCCAGAAAGGGACCCUGCUCUGGGUAACCGGAAGAGGACUCAUGACGAUGAGAUCAAAGGUUAUUCUAAGAAGACUGGGAAGCCAGUGGGUAGGUUCUACGAUGAUGGUGAUAUCUUGGAUGAAUGGAGACCGCAUCCCUCUGAGAGUGGGACACCUUGGCUUGGUCUCAGAGAGCCAGCAUUGCACAUGGGUACAAGGCUUCACAAUGAAAUCCUUAGCUUCUAUCAUUGGGUCAGGCCACAACAAUACGAGCAUAUCAUCCGGAGCGACCUUGUUAGCAGACUGGAUACCGCUUUCGCGAACCGAUAUUAUGGUGCGCAGGUGCGGCCAUUUGGCUCUUUUGCCUCUGGGUUGUAUCUCCCAACUGCCGACAUGGACCUUGUUCUACUGUCGUCAACUUUUAGGCGGACUGGGAGGAAGAAUUACGGAGAGAACAAGCGUCAGAUCUACGCAUUUGCAGGGUUCCUAAAGACCUCGAACAUACCUGUACCCGGCUCGAUAGAGACGAUCGCGCAUGCUAGGGUCCCAAUUUUGAAGUUUGUGGACAAGCUUACUGGUCUGCGUGUCGAUCUGUCAUUUGACAAUGACAGCGGUCUUCUAGCUAAUCGUACGUUCCAACUCUGGAAAACCGAGUUUCCUGCUAUGCCUGUCAUUGUCUCCAUAAUCAAGCAGUUUUUGCUGCUCCGCGGCCUCAACGAAGUCCCUACUGGUGGUUUGGGUGGCUUCUCCAUCAUUUGUCUGGUGACAAGCCUUCUGCAGCAUCUGCCACACGGGCACACUGAGUCCAAUUUAGGAAGUAUCCUGAUGGACUUCUUCGACUUCUAUGGAAACAAGUUCGACUACGGUUCUGUGGGCAUAAGAAUGGACCCUCCGGGCUACUUCAACAAGCGAGUCUAUGGGGUGUAUCAGGAAAAUAAAAACCAACGACUUUCUAUCGAAGAUCCAAACAACGAUCAGAACGAUAUAUCAGGAGGAACUAGAGAGAUCCCAUUGAUAUUCCGUUGUUUCUCGGAUGCUUACGCAUGUCUCAAGGAGCGCCUGAUCUCCACAGCUACGGAGGGAUCCACUAAUGACAGUAUCUUGGAUACAAUCAUUGCCGCCAACUACGAAGAGUAUGAAGAGCAGAGGAGCCACUUGAGGAGGAUCUUUGAAACAGAUCCCAGGUUUGCACCCUUCAAUGCUCCUCCACCUCCUCCACCUCCGCCGCCCGUGCCCCCGCCUGCUGAGCCUGAGCAGCCUCCCCCACCACCACCACCACCGGUGGAAUCCAGGCCACUCACCAAGCAGCAGAGAAAGCAGCUCGCAUCGAGAGAUCGUGCAGCUCGCCUCAAGCGAUUGCGCCCAGAUAUACCCCUUGUUGGUGACUCCAUCAGCAACGAGGAAGCUCUGUUGCUAGGUGGUUACGAAUCUCAAUCACAUAUGGAUCGUGACCUGCAGGCUCGAGAAAAAGCCAUGGGAGCACAGAAUUCAGGUGCGACUGCAUCUGCCGCCUGA